AACAAUAUUGCUAAACAAAACAAUCGAAAUCUACAGUCACGAUGGCAUCAUCAACCCAACCACGUUCACUACAAAUAGCCAAUCGCAUACAUAACACUACCGGCAAGGAGAAUCUCAUCUAUAUUUGUAUCGGCGGAAUCACUCUAGAGUCAAUUUGGCACGGAAUCGUCGAGAAAAGGCUUUUAAAUACGCCCGUUCCCGUUGUGCGCAGAUCUAUAGUGAGAGCCGCAUUGCUCUGGCCAGCAGUUUUUGUUGUAACUAAGACAGCAUUGGCCUGGGCAGAGUGGAGAGUCCAAAAAGAUGUGGAUGAAAGACGUGAAAACAAGAGUAUUUCUUAGCUUGUUCCUGGGCUACAUAUUACCUACAUCUGCUACUAGCCUACUUUUGCAUCAGCCUCUCAAGUCUCGAAACGCUCCGCCACCUAUGAUAGAAGGCAUGAUAGCGUGAAAGCGUUUAUAAUCUAUUCCGCUCUUGGACCUAUCGAUUCCGACUAUCCACCGAACUAGCUGGAGUCAGAAAUUCUAAUCAAUCUAGAGCUUUUUCUGAUUAUGAAGCUCUCAUCUCCGGAGCCGCUUUUCGGAUGAAAGUAGCAUAACGAUGAUACCAAUAUCAUGUCAUUUUCUCUUCUGGUAUGGUUUCAGUUUGCGUCAGAUGACUGGAAGCGAGGGAUGUAUCGGUGGAAGCAUCGACAUUGAAGGUAGCAAAACUGAAAAAGAGUGCUGGACCAAUUGAUUAUAAUAAAGAUACUCGUCGUAAGGGCGGUCACCCUCAUUAUUGAGCAUACACAAUUUGUACCAAUGCCAAGAUAUAUGAAUAUAUCAUCAAGUUGUGUGG